UGCGGUGACGUCCGGCCAAACUGUGUACGGGCCUCCUGCCUCCAUCUUGUCAUUAGUCCCCCUCCCCCAGCAAGCUACCAAGCAAACAGGGGGGGAAAGACAAUCCGCCGCCAUCCUCCUCCCGGCAACCUUUCCCCAUCCCGAAAAGCCGCUCAUCGGAACCCCCUCACCAGGCGCGCCGAGCCCAGUCCGUACUCAAUGAGCUUCCCCCGCAAUGUCAGAGCGGCCGGGGCAGACUGCAAAAGGGAAGGAUGGCAAGAAGUACUCGUCACUCAACCUGUUUGAUACAUACAAGGGCAAGUCCUUAGAGGUGCAGAAACCAGCAGUCGCUCCCCGUCAUGGCCUGCAGAGUCUCGGUAAAGUUGCCAUUGCCCGGCGCAUGCCCCCCCCAGCCAACCUGCCAAGCCUGAAAGCAGAAAAUAAAGGGAAUGACCCAAACGUCUCACUAGUCCCCAAAGACGGAUCAGGAUGGGCAAGCAAGCAGGAUACACCAGAGCCAAAGAGUACCGAUGUCUCUCCAGCAGCGCAGCCGGAGUUGCAGCCACCGCCGGCUUCGCUGACGCCUGCAUCAAACCAGCCGAAGCAACCCCCAGCUCCUCCAGAGCCCCCCCAACCAGUCGUCGUCGCGGUAAAGACCUGGGCACAGGCCAGUAUCACACAUGGAGCGCAAGGAGAUGGUGGAAAGGCAUUAAGCCGACCGUCGCCAUUCUCUCGCGAGGAAUUUCCAACCCUGCAGGCGGCUGGGGACCAGGACAAAAGUGGGCACGACCAGAGCACCUCCGCUGUGUCGUAUGGGCCAGGACCAAGCCUCCGCCCCCAGAAUGCUACGAGCUGGAGGGACGGGGGUGGGAGGGGGGGGCUUGGUCCAGGCUCCCUGCCUGGUGACGGCCACGAGCCUCCCCCAGAUGCGGCACACCCCCCAAGCGGCGAGGCAGCCCCCCGCCCAGGGCUGCCUCCCCCUGCUCCCCAACAGUUCCCUCCAUAUCGGGGGAUGCUUACACCAUUUAUGUAUCCCCCGUAUUUGCCGUUCCCACCUCCAUAUGGGCCACAGGGGACCUUCCGCUUUCAUGGACCGGAUGCGCCCAGAUUCCCACGGCUGGUUCCACCACGUAAUUCUCAGACUGCCCCCAGGAUGCCUGAUCCUGUUAGUCGCCCAUCUAUCUUAAAGCAAGAUGAUCUUAAAGAAUUUGAUGAGCUAGAGCAAGAGGCAGAUGAUGGUUGGGCCGGGGCGCAUGAGGAAGUCGACUACACCGAAAAGCUGAAAUUCAGCGAUGAUGAGGAUGGGAAGGACACAGACUGUGAAGAAAAGAGGGAGACUUCAGCCUCUAGUACAGAGAAGCCGUCUGUGCCCCUGCCUCAGAAGACUGCAGAGACCUCUGAUCCAAGGAAGGCCUCACCAACAGAGGAGAAGCCUCCCACGGCCAAGACAGCUUGGGCAGAGGUGCCUCAUACUCCAGAACCCAUACAGGUGCCUGCUGCACCUGUGGCACCUCCUCCACGGGCACAGACCACUCACCGGGGGCCACCGCCAGAACACAAAGAAAAGCCAGCGGCACCUCUAGCUGUGGUACCCAUGGAAGAUGAGGAUGAAGCUUGGCGUCAGCGAAGGAAACAGUCCUCCUCAGAGAUCUCCCAAGCAGUGGAGCGUGCCCGAAGGAGGAGAGAAGAAGAGGAGCGCAGGAUGGAGGAAGAGAGAAGAGCUGCUUGUGCUGAAAAACUGAAGCGUCUGGACAUGAAACACCGGGCUGCUCCAGAGGAGGCAGACUCUGCAGCUAGUGUGAGGAGCGGGGCUAAUGAAGGGUCGAAUCCUCCUACCCCUUCCCCUCCUGCGGUGGAACCAGUAGCCGUUUCUGAAGCUCCUCCACAGCCCACAGUAGAUACUUCUCAAGUUGAAGUUCCACAGGCUACAGGAGAACCAACUCAACCUCCACGGCCAGAGCCCAAACAGGAGCCAGUGCCAAGUGUGAGCCGUCCGCCAGUAGCCGGACCCUCCCAGGGAGGAUACAGCAAGUUUCAGAAGAGCCUGCCGCCGCGCUUUCAGCGCCAACAGCAGGAGCAGCUGAUGAAACAGUGGCAGCAGAACAGAGUGCCCACCCCUCCUUCCCCCGCUGGACCUUCUCACUCGCAGCCUCUCUCAGCAGCUGCGUCCCAGCCACCUCAGAAGGCGCUCUAUGGCGGAGGUUCCAUGGGGCGGACGACACCGGUGCCCACCCCACAGCCACCGCAGCCUGCCCCUCUGCCACCACCUCACGUUAGCUACGAUCCUCGCUGGGUAAUGGUGCCGCCUUUCAUUGACCCACGCAUGAUACAGGGGAGGCCCAUGGAUUAUUACCCUGCCACAGCGGGAGUGCACCCUACAGGAAUCCUGUCUCGGGAGCGGUCAGACAGUGGAGGUUCGGGGUCAGACGGAUAUGAUCGGCACACUCCCCUGAUAAGAGAACGAGGCACUCCUCCAGCAGACUCCAAACUAAUGUGGGGGGGCGAAAUGUACAAUCCUCCUGAGACACGGCCAAUGACAUCUCCUCUGCGACAGAAUGCUGAGGAAGAGGACAGAGACAUGAGAAGUGAAACUCCACCGGUCCGUUCCCUUGCUCCACAGCAGUCCCAGCCUACGUCGUACUUGGGAAACAUCACUUCAUACCAGGAAAAUGCAGUUGCGUCCUCCCAGCAUUCUCUUGUUGGUCACCGCUAUCCUGUAGACGAACAACGUACUUGGCAUCAGCAUAACCACACUGUUGUUCAGCAGCAACCCCCACCUCCUCCGAUCGAGCAGAGACGUUCUGAACCCACUCCCGCUCAGCCUGCACCAGUGUCUGCUCCUUUGUCCCAGCCACGUUGGGCAAAUGAUGAACUGGUCGUACUCCAGAGAGAAGCUUCUGUUCCUACAGUUCCUCCGACCCAGCCAGAUAUCCCUGCAAAAGUGGAAGUCAACAGCGGGAGACGCAAGGAGGACAGGAAGGAAAAUACAAAAGAGGAGUCGAAGUCUGAAAGACAGACUGGCAGGCCUGAAUACCACCGACCUCCUCCUCGCCGCGAGUCUAAGACUGAAACUCGUUGGGGACCUAGACCUGGAGGAGGAGGAAGCCGAAGACAAGAGGAGGCUUCUGUUGCAGUUGGUGCCCCACCUCAGACAGCUUCCCAGAGACGGGCAGGUCCUAUCAAGAGGGGCGUAAGAAGAGAGGAUGCUGUACCCAGAGAGCACCAGGAUGGUAAGUCAAGCCAGCCACCAGUGGUGGCAACCGAGCCACAGAAGCCCAGACAAAUGACCCAUUCUAGCAGGGACGGAGAACAAGCAGCUGGGUCACCUUCACGCAGAAGAAAGGACGCUGUGAUGAUGUCCGCCCCAGCUCGAGGGACCCCAGCAUUGGGUCCUUUGAGUCCAUCGGGUCCAUCCACUCGUGGUCGCGGCAGAGGGGAGUAUUUUGCUAGAGGGCGAGGGUUUCGGGGAGCAUACAGUGGCCGCGGUCGGGGCGGCAGAGGCAGGAGUCGGGAGUUUCGUGGGGGAUAUAGAAGAGAGAGCCCUUUUUACAGAGAUGAGGGUGAUGCAAUAAAUAAAACCACACCUGGAAUUGGGGGACGGGAACGCAAUGCAAGUGAAACGCGUAGUGAGGGUUCAGAGUACGAAGAAGUUCCCAAAAGAAGACGACAGCGUGGCUCUGAGACGGGAAGUGAAACCGAGCCAGUCACUUCUGAGAAGGAACCUGGGAAGGGAGGACUCUCCCUGCAGAAGCCGCAAACCGAGGUACUGGUUACUAAUAAUGCACGUCACCAAGAAAAGGGACGAGAAUCUGGUAGGGGGCGCACUUUCACACCACAAGGUGUUCCUUCUAGAAGAGGACGGGGAGGAGCCCCUGCAGUACCUGUGCCCUGGAAUCCUCACCCCAGGCAUCAGCAUACAGCACCUCAGAUUCCAUCGGCUCAUCCGCCACUUCCACCUAACAAAAUGGAAAGGAAAAAUGAAAAGACAGUAGUGGCAGCGAGUCCCUUAGUUCCCAGCGAGGAACGAGUUCCUCCACCUCCUCGGAGAAGGCGACAUGGGAGGUCUCAGCAGCAGGACAAACCCCCUCGUUUCCGGAGAUUGAAGCAGGAGAGGGAGAACGCAGCCCGGGCGGGAAAUGGAGGAAACCAACAAGCCCCCCAUCAACAGUUGGCAGUAACGCAAGAACAGCAUCAACGUCCAUCACCGGCUGAGGAAGAGCGGGCUAUGCUCCGUCGAGGGCACAAAUCCCCUGAGCCGUGCAAUGUUAAUUCUGAUCAAGCCAAUGAAGAAUGGGAAACUGCCUCAGAAAGCAGUGACUUCACUGAAAAAAAAGAAAGGGGACAUGUGCCUGUCCAAAACGGAGGGUUAGGACCAACCCCUACUGGAGGAUUUGUUUCGGCGCCUGCAGGAGGAAGAGAUCAAAGGAAAGAUUUGUCGAAAAGGAGCUUCUCAAGUCAGAGACCAGUCAUGGAGAGACAAAACCGCAGACCCAUGCAUCCUGGUGGGCCCAGAACAAGCCGUGGAGGAGGAGGAGGUGGUAGCGGCGGUAAGAAUGGAGAGAAGAGAAGCUGGCCGUCUCCUAGGAACAGAGGUGGCAGAGCUAAUGAGGAACGUCCUCCAUCUGUACCUCUUCCUCAUCCGUCUCCCAACACAAAUGCUGUCUAUCGUGUAGACCGGGUGAUUCACAGUAAUCCUGCCGGCAUAAAGCAGGCACUCAAUGAACUAGGGCAAAGGCAUAGCAAAUCCGUUCCUGUCAAACAAAGCAUGGAACUGCCCAGUGGGCGCUGCCAACCAAGGACAGCUGACCUUUCUCUUGCAGACACCCUCCAUGGCAGCAGCAGGGACUCGACUAGUGAAAAUUUUACUGCUCCGUUAGGAAAACGAAAUGUGCCGUGCCGGAGGGGACGAGGCAUUUCCCAGGAGAAUCCUCAUGAAGGCCGAUCUUUGCCAGCAGUCACAUGGACCCAGCGUGGUUCUGGAGACCGCCAGCUAGAAGCACUCCGUUCCGGUGUCUGGAGUAGAGAGCAGAGCAAUGACAGAGGAAAACGUUGUCCCUCUUACCCCCUGGAACCGUGGAUGGAGCCUUUGAAUUCCUAUGAAGAUGCCAUCAACACUGAGAUGAGUCAGUCGGACAGUGGAGUGGAUCUGAGCAGUGACUCGCAGCUCUCUUCCAGCAGCUGUAGUCAGCGUAGCUCCCCUGACGGAGGUAUAAAGCCUGAAGGAGGCAAGAGGUCAGGAAGAUCUGGUCCCGCGGGUCAGCCACAGCAUGGACAUGUUCCGUUAGCAGGUCUUCCUAUUGAUCCAAUUGGAAUGAAGAAACCCGUGUCGGAAUGUGGACCCAGCUCGCCAUCCUGUCUCUCAUCAGCACCUCCAUCCCCCAGUCCUAAGGAACAGUGUGUUUCCUCUGAUGGCGCCAAGCAAGGCAGAGAAACACCAAGCACUGCCAGCCAGCAUCCAUGCAUGACAGGCCCCUCGCCGCGGACGUGGAAUCUCCCCCCACAUCAUUCAGCAACAGCUGAGCCGCACAUGGAUUCUCAACAGCUGGCGCUAUCAUCUGCCCUCCCGGAAGGGGCACAAUCUCAUCUGCCAGAGGAUCGAAGCCAGAGAGUGUACUCUAACCAGUACUAUCAGGUGGAUGUCCAUGUCACAAGCACGGGCAGUGGGUACAGGCCUGGAACCCCCUCUCUGCAGCCCUACAGAUCCCAGCCUCUGUACCUGCAUGCUGCUCCAUCACCAGGCUCAUCACCUGCUCUCCUGCCUACAUCCGCUCUACUCUCCGGCAUAGCCCUGAAAGGCCAGUACCUGGAGUUUAGUGACUUGAGCAAGGUGCCUGCGGGCAGCCUACUGUACCAGGCUCCAGCUUUCCUUUAUAGUGGGCAUUACUGCCCAGCCCAGGUCAGCACUGACCAACAGCAGCAGCUGCUGCAGGUCAGACAGGACAUGACAUCUCCAUCAGACUAUUACUCUCCUCCUCUUCAUCAUGCGGGGCAGAGCGGAUAUCUCCCUACAGCUCCUACCCAGCAGGUAUUACUUUCUAUGAUGGAUGCUCAGCUCCCAGUAAUGGGAUUUGGUUCCUUGUCAUCGGCGGCUCAGCAGUCUCCACUUGUCACUGUAGGUCAAGCACUGCAGCCUCUUCACCAACUCUCUGCCACAGGCCGGACACUUUUGCACAAUGUCAGAAAUGAGUAUUCAACACAUCCAGCUGAUGUAAAACAGCCCGAAGACCAGAGGAGAGGUGGAGCUGGAACUUGUGUCCAAAUACCAGGAGGGAGGGCAAAACCUUCACAUGCAAGUUAUGGAGCUGCCAGAAGCCAGCGUCUUGAGGUUUAUCAGCAGGCCCUUCCUCCGGAUACUUCACGCUGGACUCCUAGAUCCUGGGAGAGACCUCAGACUCGGAAUAACGAUGCCCAAAAUACAAGAGAUUCCCAUUCAGAGGGGACAACCACAGCUCGGAACCCCUGAUUCUCUCAUCACCUAUUAAUAGGACCCAGUGACAUCAAAUUUAAAAUAUUUAACCCCCUUUGCCUAGGUCAAGCGGGUGAACAAUUAUUGAGGCUCUUUUGAAUAAUUAGGGAAUUCAGUAUUCAAAUAUUCCCCAUCUAUGUUCAAGAUCAGAGUCUUACUAUAUAUUUUUUUUUUUCCCACCCUGAAGCUCUCUAGCCGCUUUAUAUUUCGUUUUGUUUUUGUUUUUUUUUGUCCUUUUCUGACAAAUAAAAAGAGUAUUUUCUCCG